UCUGCGGGAAUGUGGGCUGGAGCUGUCCUGCCGCGGUAUCAGCCUCCAGCCUGCCGCCAGGACUGCCCCUGACCCAGGCGCUCCCGCUGCUCGGUAGCAGGAGGGCCGGCGGAGCGCCAUGGCCUGCAUCCUGAAGAGAAAAUCUGUGAUUGCGGUGAGCUUCAUAGCAGCAUUCCUCUUCCUGCUGGUUGUGCGCCUUGUAAAUGAAGCAAAUUUCCCAUUGCUUCUAAACUGCUUUGGACAACCUGGUACUAAGUGGAUACCAUUCUCCUACACAUACAGACGACCUCUUCGAACUCACUAUGGAUACACAAAUGUGAGGACACAAGAGCCUUUGCAACUGGACUGUGACCUUUGUGCCAUAGUGUCAAACUCAGGUCAGAUGAUUGGCCAGAAGGUGGGAAAUGAGAUAGAUCGAUCUUCUUGCAUUUGGAGAAUGAACAAUGCCCCCACCAAGAGUUAUGAAGAAGAUGUUGGCAGCAUGACAACAAUUCGAGUCGUGUCCCAUACCAGUGUUCCUCUUUUGCUAAAAAAUCCUGACUAUUUUUUCAAAGAAGCAAAUACUACUAUUUAUGUUAUUUGGGGGCCUUUCCGCAACAUGAGGAAAGAUGGCAAUGGCAUCGUUUACAACAUGUUGAGAAAGACUGUUGAUGUCUAUCCAAAUGCCCAAAUUUAUGUGACCACAGAGAAGCGCAUGAGUUACUGCGAUGGAGUUUUUAAGAAGGAAACUGGGAAAGACAGAGUCCAGUCCGGCUCUUAUCUCAGCACGGGGUGGUUUACCUUCAUUCUGGCCAUGGAUGCCUGUUACAGCAUUCAUGUCUACGGGAUGAUAAACGACACCUACUGCAAGACAGAAGGAUAUAGAAAAUUCCCCUACCAUUAUUAUGAACAAGGAAGAGAUGAGUGUGAUGAAUAUUUUCUUCAUGAACAUGCCCCAUAUGGGGGGCAUAGAUUUAUCACUGAAAAAAAAGUGUUUGCACAAUGGGCCAAGAAACACAAGAUAAUAUUUACACACCCAAACUGGACAGUAUCUUGAUAAUUGGUUUUUUGACCUUGCCUUACCACUUGAUAUGAUCAUGACACUGCAACUGUGAUGCUGAUGAUAAGAUGAUGAUGACAAAGACAACAAUGAUGAUCAAGUUCCCAUGCAUUCUCAGAUAUGGAUGGUGAUCUGCUAGUAAUCUGAACUCAGGAUUCUGUGAAGGGUGGUUGUGUUCAUUACAUUCUUUCUGAAGGUUCAACACUACAUACUGCACUUUAUUAUUUAACUGGAAUUGAAGCGAAGGCCAGUGACAUGACAACUGUGACCUAAGAAAUGGGAAAAUUAUCUUUCAGGAUAGCUGCCCAGAGUUUUUAAACAGUGAGUAAUUUCAAAAAGUCAUGGGAUUUGGCUUUAUGAAGUGAGGGUACUGACUCCAUGGUCUUUCGAACCUGAGCAGGUCCAUUAUCUGGAAAAAUGGUUGAUCGUCAAACACUGACCCAGGAAAUGCUAUCGGGGUGCAAGAAUCUUACUACAGUUAGUAGUUAGCUGGGAGAGGGAAGGUAUUUCUUCCUGAUAUGAUAUACCAUCUCUUCAGGACUUCCUACAGCUGAAGCCUCGGUCCAUUACCUUAACAACAAUGACGAUAUUACAGUAAUCGUACACAUAAGGAGUAUUUGACUAUCUCAAGCACUUAAUUCAAAAUGGGCCAAAUAGCAAAUCUUGAUGAAUUUCCACUCUUCCUAUCCUUUUCUUACUACCCAAAAUAAUAUAACUAAACAUGUUAUUUUUGGUUAAGUCCUAAGUAUUUCAGAAGGCUAUUUAACAUAUAAGAAACCAACUUCAACACUGUAAUAACAUAUACUGUGAAACAUUCCUAAAACAUAACCAAAGGGUUUACUAACUCUACUUAGACAUCCAACAACACAAAACAAUAUGCUUUUUAAAAUCAUGAAACAGGGAAAGCAAAGCGUAUUUUUUGCAUCAAUUUAUAUCUUAUCAUACUUCAUGAUAUAUAUUUAUAUAUUCAAAUUUCUAUUUUCUAGGCCCAAGAUAUGUCUCUCCAUACAUUACAUUAUCAUUGCCAAGUGUCAAACUGUUAGACGUGGAGAGGAAAUGGUUCCUUUAUUAAAUCUGACCAGAGUUUUUGCCUUCUUGGGGUUUAUUUUUCCUCUAGUAGUGUACCAGUUGUUAUGCCCGAAUAACAAUAAUAAUGACCUUAAUGUCCAUUGUGCUUUGCUAUUCCAUGAACACCUCAUUGGGCUAUUGCCCACACAUUCUGCCAUCUCUUUAGCCGAUGACCUGUAAUUUGUUCAUUGUUCUGAUAUAUUCCAGAUUGUUCUUCUUGCUAAUAUUUGUAUAGAAUAGCAUUUAUGUAGCAUAGCAACCAAUUUAUUUCAGUGCCAAAUACAAUAUGUUAUAUCUAGAGUAUACAAAAAGCUUCACAAGGAUGAUCUUGGCCAUAGAUUAAGAUCCCUGUGAGCUUCAGUACUUUUGAUUAAAAAAUAAAUAAAUUAAAAAAAUAAAAAAACAAUGUUCUACUACUUACUUGGGAAAAAGACAAGAAAGCUGAGACAGGAAGAAAAGAAAGCAAAAGAAGUAUAUAGUUUCCUGUCCCUGGCUUGAGAAGACUUUGUUCUACAUAUACUUACUGCUCAUUCAAUAUUAGAGGGUUGAUUUGCUAAAAGAGUUGCCAAGAGUCCAGAAACAUCCUUGUAACAUUAUUCAAAAGGUAAAAGCCAGACUCAACAUACAAAAUGUUUUGGAGGCUGGAAACGGUGAUGUGUUUAGUCUCAGGAGCACUCUGUAGGUCUCUAACAAAAAGCCAUGAGUUAUUGUUAAAAUGUGCCAUCUUGGGUAAAAGCUUCUUUCCUGCAUAAUUCUGCCAUUUUAAUGCCCCAAUACUCACAACCAUAACAAAUUACCAAGUACCAGUUCCAUCGCUGGAGAGAGUUAUCUUUUGUUGUUUCUUUAUAUGAUUUUUAGUUCUAUGAAAGUUAACUUUUUGGAGCUAAUGAUGGAUAGAAAUACAUGCCCACUCAAAGAAAAAUAAAUAGAUACAAAUAUUAAAAUUGAAAUACAGACUGUUUUUGCCCUUGUUGCAAUAUGUAAGCUCCAUUUUUAAAUGAAAAGGAAUCCUUG